UGGGGGGAUGGGGGCGGCAUCAGGAAAGGCACCACAUUGUAAUUUCACAAAAUGAUCCUUGCAAAAGGGUAGCUGUACACUUUGCGAAAGCUCAGUAAAGGUUCUGCUGAACGCGCUGAAUGCGCUUGGUUGGAGGUGGCCACCAGGGGGAGGAAUGCGCUGUGAGCCGUGGAAACGCGACGCGGCCGCUAGAGACGCGCACAUCGAUGUCCUGGCCGCUGUCCGAUUGCCCCGGGGGGCUGGAAGGGCUGAAUCUGAAAGCGAGAGGCAAAAAGCCAGGCUUUGAUCCAGAAGAAUCAAACGCUAUCAAACGCUUCUGGAUGUAAACAUAGCCUGUUUCUGGGGUAACCCUGUCGGAGCCGAGCGUUGUCUCGUGGCGUCAGUCAUGUCACGUCACAUCAUGUCAUGUUCAUGUCAUGUCAUGUCCUUUACUUGUAUAAUGGUUGAUUGUUGGGGGCCUUAGCUUCCUUUUUUCAGCGAUGCCCUUUGCUCCUAGUAACUAGUAUAUAGUAUUCUUGUUCCUAGUAGUAAGGCCAAGAGCCCCUAGUAGCGUCCUUGCUCCUAGUAGCGAUGCCCUUGCUCGUGUUGUUUUCCCGUUGGCUUUGUCUCAGCAACUUCCGAAAGUCUGGCAGGUUCCAGGAAGUUCGGGUGUUGUGCCCAGAGGGUUAUGUUUUUCAAAAGGUGCUAAGAGGGUUCGGGUGCCGGUCCGUUCCAAGCAAAUCUGCCAGGUGCUGCAAAACUGCGUGGGGUGGGCUUCAGAAUAGACAUAUUUGUCUGAACAAACAGAUUCCAGAUCUAGAAUUAAUUUCAGAUGGGAUGCUCGCUCGGCAAACGCUGAAGUCAUCUGCACGUCUGCACAAGACCCAUCUCAGUGUGUGCACCAGCAGGGGAACAGUUUUUCUCUUUGCUUUAAAAUUCACGCUGCGUGAAGACUGCAUGAGCUACAGCUGCAGUCAUUUCCAGUCCCAGUCUUCCAUCCACUACUUUGCCAAGUUCGAGCAACGCCAGUCCCUGCUGGCCGAAAGCCUUCGCCUGGCUUCGGAAAGCUUACACAUUUGUGGCUCUGGCGCAGAGCUGCGACGGCAGGUCCUCCAAGAGAUCUUCUCUGUGGCAAUCGAUGCACUCUCAGACCAAGCUUACCAGAUCCGGGAUGCUGCCAAGCAAUUCUUUCGGGCUGCAGAGCAUGCGCUUGGCACAGAGCAGCUGCAGGAGGAGAUUCUGGAUGUGGCCCCGAGCAGACUGAAGCUUGCAAUGGAAGCCCUCGAGCAUCCAGGCCCUCAGCUUGCGCAUGCCUCUUGCGCAGGAGGGCCCAGAAACGGCGGCCAGCGCAAGCUACGGAGACCGAUCCGCGCUGCAGCGAUUCUUCCUGCAAGGAGCACGUCUACUUCUGUACGUGAUCUGGAGGUUGAUACUGGAGGCCUCUCUCCAAAGGCUACAGAGGCGAUAGAGGCUCUUCAAAGCGACGGAGCUGGUGGGCCAUGUGACUCCGAGCGGAGGAAAGCAGGUGAGGCAAGGUAUGCAGAUAUCGAGACUUUAGAGGCUCAAAUUCUGGACUACUGCGAUGAUCUCGCAAGGUCCCCAACUGGAAAGGUGGAUUGGCCUCAACGGGCUAGAGACCUCCAAAGCAGCUUGCAGGACAUCGCAAUGCGGUAUGCUCAGCAGUCAUUGGUGUCCCUGCUGCUACCACUGCUAACCUGGGUACUCAGGCUUUGCAGGGCAGCGGAAGCCGCUUCUGAGGAGGCAGUGGGGCUUCUCAAAGCAGCCCAUGAGGUGAUGCGCACCUUGCGGGCCUUCUCAACGGAGGUCUUGAGGUGCAUAGACCCGCUGCCCUUGUUCCGGUCUGCGCUGCAGAACCUCAUUUGCCUUCAAGUGUUGAGCCAAAAGUCCGAUGUCAUCAGGAGGUGCACUACACCAAUAUUGCUGGAAGUGCCGCCCUUCCUGGCGCGGCUGAUGGACACGGUGGAGGCAGGGAAGCAGUUGCUGGCUUGGCUCCAACUGGCCUCAGAGCUUCUUCUUGACAAAGCGCUCAAGACCACCCACAGCAGUUUGCAAGCUCGAAAAUCCUGGGCGUUGAAAUUCUGUGCUCGUGCAGUGGAGCGGUGCAGUGCCAACCUUCAAGCGUGUGAUGAAGUGUGGGCAUGGGAGGUCCUAUCUGAAAUUGCACGCUGUUGGGAAUGCCUUGAGACAGGAAGCGAUGAGUGGAAGCAGAUGCUACAGGCUCUUUGCAGCAAGAUCAUUCAGCAUCACUGGUCAGAGGCAAAAGAGUUUGCAGCUCUGGCAGGUACUCACGGGCAAUUGCCAGCACCGCUAAAAGAGCUGCUUGUUCACAGGAUCACCGCAUAGAUGGCACCACGUGACGCGUGGAUGGUGAUGCGUGGAGCAUUCUUCGCUGUGUUUGGAGACAGUGUGAAUGCAUUUGUUCAACAGGCAAUUUGUUGACACCAGCGCAUGCAAAGCGGUACUUCUCGGCGAAGCCGAGCAUGCAAGGCAUGAGACUGGUUAGUGACUGGUUAUGGGGAUGAUGCAGGGGCCGGCUGCCAUCAGCACUAUCCCUUACAGUACCUUCCUUUGGGAUGGAAGGUAUGAGGGCUACAGUUGUCGACCACAAGAUGUGUUUGCC